ACGCCUCUCACGCGCAUUGGUCACGUGAUUUGAUACUCGUUUAACACCACAUUCUGCGCGACGCUUACGCUUCAAAAGGUCGAGGUUGCAGUUAACAUGGGAAAUGUUGAAAGGCCGAAGAGAAAGCGAAAGUAAACCUGCCGUUCAGUUGAAACAUUUUUUCCUUGUUGGUUUGACAAGAACAGGCAACGCCCUUUACUCUUUAUGGAACUAAAAUGGGACUUUAUUGUUUUUAUUUAUAAAGCUUUGAUGCAUUUGCUGGCACUUUUAUCUAUCAGUGCGGUGGCGCAAGUUUCAGGAUCCAGUUUUCUGAAUUGUUCUACUCCAAACAUCGUCUGGCCUGGUGAUGACGUCAUCCUACCGUGUCGUCUUCAACCUCCACUGAGUGCUGAGUCCAUGAGGGUGGAGUGGACCAGACCUGAUCUGGAGCCAGAAUUCAUCCAUGUUCACCAGGACGGACGCUUUUUACAUGAGCUUCAAAAUCCAGACUAUAAAAAUCGCACAAGUCUGUUUGUGGAUCAGCUGCCUAAUGGAGACGUCUCCCUGAAACUGUUCAAAGUGACUCAGUCUGAUGCAGGAACAUACAGAUGUUCCCUUCCCUCAGUGCAGCAGGAAGCGUCUGUGCAGCUCAGUGUUGGGUCAGAGGUCAUUGGAUCUGAUCAAGCAGUUCAAGCAGUGGUUGGUGGUGACGUCAUUCUGCCGUGUCACAUGGAGCCUCCGUUUGACGUCACAACUCUGACUGUGGAGUGGAAAUACGUCAGAGCAGUUGUUCACAAGUAUAAAAGUCAAAAAGAAACAGAUAGUCAGAAUGAUCAAUUUAAAAACAGAACUUCUCUCUUCCACAAUGAGAUGCACAAAGGAAACAUUUCACUAAAACUGACCAACGUGAAUCUGACAGAUGCAGGAAAUUACACCUGUUCUGUUCCCAAACUGCAAAGUCAGGUCAAGAAAGACAACGUUGAGCUGAUUGUUGAUUCAAAGGAUAAAAAAGGAAGAGAUGCUGAUGACAGUGAGACCACUGCUCUUACUGCUGGUCUCACCAUCCCUGCCGUUGUUAUCCUGAUUGCUGGUGUUGUAGCAGGUUUAGUUUGGUGGAGACGUCAAAGAAACCAUGGACGAAGUCAAGCAGAGGCUCCUGAGAACGUAGCCAUGAUGUAAACACUGACGUGAACGCUGCCAUCAGCCUUUGAGCAUCUGAAGCCUCUCACAUCUGAGGUGAUGACUGAGGAAAGAUCCAGACCUUUAGUGUCUGUAACCACUACACCAUCGUCCUGCACUACAUAUAAACCUGGACCUUCUAACAAGUCUCUAACAUGCAUCUAUACUCUUUCUACAUUGGCUGUGAUGAUGUACAUACAGUUAUAUUCAUUGUUUGAAUGAUUUUCUUGCAUAUUGUUAAACAACACUGAGAGAAAAUGUGUUUAAAUUGACCAGGGACCAAAACACUGACUUCUCCCAGUUAACGUGGAGCCAGUGGGUUCAUUCAAAGCUGACUGAAAAAACAAUUUCAAAGCUGUUAAAUGUCAGACUAGGGCAGGCGAUGGACCCACAUGCACAGCACAAGGCGGGUUGAGGGAAAAAUACAGGCUUUAUUGCUAUAAGCAGAGUCAGACGGUCCAGGUCAUACACAGAGGGAUCAGUAAUGAUGCACAGAAGGGAGCAGGCAAUCUCAGGUCCAGUAGACAGGCAGGGUUCGAUACACAAGAGAUUGCGGCGACGGUACAAACAAGGAUUAGGCAAACUCACGGUCAAGCAGGGUUCAGUCAGG